UCACGUACUGGUAGCGGCCGGUAGCUUAAUUGAAACGCUGUUAUGUGGAAAAAGGCAAAGCACCAAACACCGAUCUCCUUAGUUCUUAGGUAAUCAUUAUUCUCAACAAAUCCCUAAUUGAAGGGGGAAAAGAAAACCUAAUUUCCUUUCUGGUCUCACAAGAGAGAAAAGGGUUAAAGGAAGAACUUUUUUUUUUUUCCAAAAAAAAAUGGUGUUUUACUUCAAAGCCCGACCAGAAGCUGGCGAUUACACCAUUUUCAUGGGACUUGACAAGUACGAGAACGAGGAACUCAUCAGAUACGGAUUCCCCGAAGACAUUUGGUUCCAUGUGGAUAAAAUGUCAUCUGCUCAUGUUUAUUUACGACUUCAGAAAGGUCAAACCAUCGAUGAUAUAAGCGAAGGUGUGCUCGAAGAUUGCGCUCAGCUUGUUAAAGCUAAUUCCAUCCAAGGCAACAAAGUGAACAAUAUUGAUGUUGUUUACACUCCAUGGUCCAAUUUGAAGAAAAGUGCUUCCAUGGAUGUUGGACAAGUUGGCUUUCACAAUCCCAAGAUGGUACGGACUGUGAGAGUGGAGAAGCGGAUAAAUGAGAUAGUUAACAGGUUGAACAGGACUAAAGUGGAAAGGAAACCUGAUUUAAAAGCUGAGAGAGAAGCUGUUAAUGCAGCGGAAAGAGCAGAGAGAAAGCAACAGCUGAGGGAAAAAUUAUCCUACAGGAUUUUGCUUAGGGUAAAAAGGGAUUUACACCAUAGCAGAUUUAUGGAGCUGAAGCAGAAACGACGUGAGGAGCUGGAAAAGCUUGAGAAGGAAAGGCAAGCAGAGAUAAGAAGCUAUAAGGGUCUCAUGGUCUCUGAAAAGAUGACAUCAAACAAACAAAUUGCAGAGACAAGCAAGUCAUUGCAGGAACUUGAAGAGGAUUUUAUGUGAAGCAUAUUUCAAUGCCAAUUAAGCUGUUGCUAGCUGCUGAGCAAAAAAAAAAAAAAAAGAUGCUAGCUGCCAAAAACCUGCUGGCUUUCAAAGAAGGGUGGUUUGUUGUUACUUUUCUAUUGCAGGCUUGAAGUUAUUUCCCUCAUAAAUAAGUCACCAAAGUCCUGAAUAUUUACUUCUAUCGGGUUUGAUCAGAAAAAAAGACAAACAUGGAAUGGAAACUAACUUCGAAGAGUAAAUGGAGUCAAGGUUGAGGGUGGGGGAGAUGAACUUCUGUUAUGGUUGCUAUAUAUUGUACUAAACAUAUUCAAAUCUCCAUUGCUGGUUUACGUGUGGUCGUUUUUCAUUUUCAUAUUUAUUCUGAUGGCAAAUUUGCAAAUGAUUAUGCCAUAUUACCAUGGUUUUGAUUUUGUUUUGUCAAUGUUUACCACAAAAUCUUAACAGUGCCAUCACAGGAUGCACAAGGGUUGAGAAUGUGGAAAUGUCUAACUGCAGAUGAAUUGUUGAUAAAGUUAUAUGGUUGUGCCUAUUGCACUUUCAAGAAGAUGACUACUAAGGUUGAUUGACUUUUGGUUUUGGUGAUGA